GAGGGCGGAGCCGACAUAGGUUUCUGUUUCUUGAAAAAGACUCAGGACAGUCACUGUUUUCGUGGAAGUUUGUGAAAACCACUCCCGCCCUCCCACACCACGGUGGACACAGGAGCUGCUGCUUUUCUGCUGCCCUCGUGUGGUCACUUUGUGUCACUGGGGUCAACCUGAACAAAGGAUUUAAAACUCUGACUCUCUCGGUCAUGUCGCAGUAUUUGAGGGAUAUUUUGUUCGUUUCUCUGGCUUUGGUCAUCGACGGUCUCGAGGAGCGAACAGUGAUGCCUGGAAGGGACGCAACUCUUCAGUCGUGGUGUUCCAGCGAGGGUGAGGUGACACUGAUAGAGUGGACCAGACCUGACCUGCAGCCACUGAAGUACGUCUUCUUGUACCGCAACGCACGUUCAUACGAAAACUACCAGAAUCCAGGUUAUCGCGGUCGAGUGGAGCUGAGAGAUCCGGAGAUAAAAGACGGAGACGUUUCCAUCACGGUGAAGAACGUCAGCAUUAACGACGCUGGACUUUACAGGUGUCGAACCAUCGUGAAGGAGAGUGGAAACAACACAGAGUUCAGGAAAGACAUCAACCUGAGAGUCACAGACUCAGGACAAACACAGCAGGUGGAGUGGAGCGAGGAGAGCAAAGUCCUACCUGCAAACGUACAGUUUCUCAAGAAGAACAAACACACACCUGUGGAGAUGGUUGAUCCCGGUGCUGAUACCAGUGCUGAUGCCGGUGUUGUUGUUGCCGCUGUUGCCCCUGUUGUUGCUGUUGUUGCUGUUCUUGCUAUUGUUGGUAUUGUUAAAUCGGAGAAAUGUCGGCCGGGAACAGUGGUGUAAAAAGUACUUUAACACAUUUCAGUGUUUGCAGAGCUACAAAUCAGCAAUAAUCAAUGUAGAUUAUUGCUGAUGCGUCGUCAACUUGUUGAUUUCAAACAUCGCCUCUGGCAAAAAACUUUCAAUAACUGCAACGCGAUGUCGCUGAAUGCUGGUGAUGGCGACAUACAAUAGAUCACAUAUGAGCUUUUACAUGUAAGAUUUGUAUAGCAGCUUGUUACACUAAUACAUCAUCAUCAGUCAUCAUCAUCUACUGCUUUAUCCUCCACCAGAGGGUCGCGGGGGGUGCUGUGCCAAUCUCAGCUACAUCGGGCGAUAGGCGGGGUACACCCUGGACAGUUCGCCAGUCCAUCGCAGGGCCACACACAGAGACAGACAAACAACCAUUCACUCUCCCACUCACUCCUAUGGUCAAUUUAGAGUGUCCAAUUUACCUAUCCCCACAUUGCAUGUUUUUGGACUGUGGGAGGAAGCUGGAGUACCCGGAGAGAACUCACACACACACGGGGAGAACAUGCAAACUACAUGCAGAAAGGCCCUUGUUCCAACCGGGGCUCGAACCCGGGUCUUCUCGCUGCAAGUGCUAACCCCACUUCUACAUAAAUAAAUAAAAUAUUUUCAUAUAUUUUAUUCAUUUAUGUAUUUACCUGCACAUACUAUGAAUGCAAUUUUCUUCCUCACGUUUAUAGAACUUAUUUUUUUAUUUUGAAUCAGUGAAAUAAAACUUUGUUUUUGAUUGUUUUUGAUGUCUAUGUAACAAAAAUUAAUAAACAAAGUGUUGAAAAAUAA